AUGAGUAAUCAGGACGAGAAUGUCGAUCUGGUCGAGUCGUCCGGUGCAGCUGAGGUUCAAGAAUGUGAUAAAACUACGGACAUCGAAGUGAUGCCGCAGCAUCUGGAAGCGUCAGAGUCAUCGAAACGCCAGAGCAAGACUACAAAAAGGGAGACUGGAACAGCAAAGAAGACAAUAAAUCGACGGAAAGCUGCCAACAUAUCGUCAGAUCCACCUGGAAGAAUAUCCAGCAAGAAAGGAAGUAGAACAGCAAAUAAAGGAGGGAACUACCGAGCCCUGAAAGUCACUUGUCCGCCACCUGGAUCAGACUCGACCCGACGCGUCCAAGGCCACGAUGAAUUGAUGCGAUUGGAGUCUCGGCGUCGUUUGGAGAUUGCACAGCAGAUGGAAAUGUAUCAGGAUCGUUGGCAUGUUGCCAAAGAUAUCCUCGAUUUUGCAUCUGAAAGUGUUGGCAGUGCUGAAAGACUCAUCAAUGGCUUUAUCAAAGCCAGUGAAGCCUUUGCGUCAAAUUUAAGAGCGAUAUCGGAAGACAAAUACAUUGAUACAAAGGGAGAAGUGGCAGAUACGUGGAAGGCUCAGAAUCGACUGACGAAACAGCGAGACUUUUCCGAUACGAUUGAUAUUCUUAGUCCCAUUUCUUCCGCCAUUUUGGAGUCUCAGUCCGCAAUGGCGAAACAAGCAAAGGCCAUGGAGAAUGUUUGCAAUCAAAUAUCUAGUAAUGUCUUGGCGGAACUGCAAGAAUUGACGUCAACUGUGCAGGGUGGGGCGAGGACACUAAAGAUUCAUGGGGGAGCUAUAUUGGCAGAAAUGAAGCAAGCUGAUAAUGAUGUCACAACAAUAUGGGAUAUCUUCGAUGGUCUCGUUUCCAAUGAUUUGAUCGAGCAGAGUACGCAUGGCGGCAGUAUGCACGGAGCUAGUGUGCAUGGGACAAAGGUGUUCAAUGAUUUCAUGGACAUGAUCGACAAGAGCACGCACGGGGCGAGCAUGCAUGGGGGUGUGGCUGUAUCCAGUAUACGAGGUGGAAGCAUGCAUGGUGGGGAGAUUUUGCGACGAGGAAACCAAGGGAAAAAGGCAAUGCUGAAACGAAUGGGUGGGGGGAAAGAUUGUUGGCUGGUAGCCCAAUUUUACAAGGUAGCAGUACAGCACCAGGUGUUGGCCAUGGCUGCGACACGGGAGAAAAUGGACAAUCUUGUCGACAAGAUUAUUGCCCUCGAAGAGAAACGGGUCUCUGGUCUUCACACACUUCUUGCCACUGGGUUUCUUCAACGGAAAAAGGCCCUCUUCGCGACAUUUCCAAAGUUCAACGAGAUUGCCUUAAAGGACCUCGAAGGCGCCGAUAUUAGCGAGGAGUCAUUGGACGCAUUUUUCGACAACCGAUCACUUGAACGGCUGAAGCAUUCGAAGUCACAUCGCUCUUCGAUAAUGAAUCGACGUUCUGUGCUAACUGGUUUUACUGGACCUCUUGAAAUAGAAAACACCAUUGAAGAGUUUGGGGACCCCUUUGACGAUCUUAGUCAGAUCCUUUCCUCAAAGGUGGUCGAACUGAAGAAACCUGGUGCUCUUUACAUGAUGGACGCUGAGUGGACUAUGGCGUUGGUGAUUGUCUCCAAAUUCGGCAUAUUUCAUGUAAUCCAGGCUCCGAUAGGGAAGAGCAUCACAGAGGAAACAUCGUCAGUUCAGGCGUUCCAAUCCUUACGGCCAGACAUGGACUUUGGCUCUCCUAACGCUUGGAAGGCGAGAAGUGAACUCAGGUUGCUUGAGACACUGACGCCGGUUGUGUCUUUGGAUGUCACCCAAUGCAUUUUCCAAAAUUCCACUUUGCAAAGGCGUGAAGUUCAGGUUUUGGUGACGGGAGAGCAGACCACAAGGAACAAGUUGUUUGGAACCAGUGGCACAGUCAAGUGUACCCUUCGUUUGAAGUCGCCAAUGGUUGCAAAGGCAUUUACGGAAGCACUCAAGUCGAUGAAGAAAUCCAUCCUUUCCCCUAACAAAGCCAAGGCUGAACCAACGAAGAAAUAG